AGACCCUGGGUAGAGCGAGAGAGCACAGGAGAUCACAGCAAGAGACCUGCAGAGAGAGAGAGAGAGAGAGACUGAAUGUGAGAAGCAGCGUGAGGAGAGUGAAAGCAGAAAAUCAUUCAGCUCCUGAUCGUCACUGAAGACGAUUCAACAACUUACAGACACUCUCUGGAAACCUGAAAUCCACAUGAGACCUCUUCUGCCUGCUGUUGGUUUACAGAAGAACUGGACACAUCCUUCUUUUAUUUCUUUUCUUUUAGGAAAGUGGCAUAAGAGAGGUGGAAAUAUCCCACGAGGGAGAGAUGAAGGCUUUAAAUAAAAUCUAUGAAGCUGAAGGAAUACUGAACCAGGUCUGCGUUUGUUUGCGGAGGAUUUGGAGAGGUACUGACAUUUUCCACUGAGGGAUUAUACUUCAAGGACGAGGAGAGAUUUAAGUAAUAUUUAUGGUCCCUGAAGGGCUGACAUUGUUUUUGGAGAACACAGAGGAAUGUUUUUACUCUGAGUCAGGACUUUCUUAAAGCCAAACUGAUGUGAGUGUGUGUGAGGGGAAAGUUAGUAAGGUGUCUUUGGGUAACGCACACGUCAAACACAGCUGCAGGCGCACUCUCACAGGUGCUGGGAUGAGUCGAGACAAGAGGGCAAGGACACGCAAGGAUUUUCACACAGAUUCACUAACACACUCGCACAGUGAUUACACGCAGGUAUGUAGUUUAGAAUAAAGCCACCUUUACACAGGACACCUCUCCGCUCUGCAAAUUCACAACUAAUGUCGAGAAAAUCUGCAAAAAAAAAAUUGAUAGAAGUUAUGGUAAUACAGACCUUUACGGAUGAAAACAAAGGGUCUUUGUUCUUUGUUUUCUUGGCUGUUUGCUUUAUGAAUAUCAAAGACUAAAAGGUCAAACGUCAUCUGUUUGAAAUCAAAGACUUGCAGGGGAUGAAAUUCUGAUUUGUUGAAGAUCCAAAACUUCAGAUGGAUCUAAUAUUUUUAUCAUGAGGGCAGCUUUGACAAGCCCAGACUUCAAGGAUGAGAAACCUGCAAGAGUGUCUUCCAUGGCAGCUUCAAAAGGAUUCAAUAAUCAGAAGAUGAGAAGACAUUUUUUUUAAAUGACUGAAGGCAUGUGAGUCGAAAUCUUCCCAAUAUCUGGAGGAGAGCCUAACUGGAACACUUUUUGUUUGUUUUUCCAGUACUGUGUGAGGAGCUGCACACAGGGACAGUACAAGCAAUUUCAUUUUUAUCCAUUCAGCACUGUCCUUUGAGGUUGAACAGCUGCUCUUCUCUGCUGAAUUCCACAGUCUGCUAUUUUUGUUUCCCUGUGUGGAGAAGAUCAUCAUCUGUUGAUGCUUUGACAGACGAUUCGAGGCUUGAGUUUGUCUCUGAGAUGAUGGAGUAAAUAACUGACUGCACAUAUUGAAUUACAUUUCAUUACUCAAGUGAUAAAUGGUGUUAUAUCUGUUGUAUUCACCUGGGGACAGGAAAUGGAAAGCGGGUAAAUGAUUAGUGGAGGUUCCUCCUCCUUACUCUGCUCUGACCCAUUUUCCAGGCAGCGGUCUUGAGGCGUCUCUGUCUCUGGCUGUGACGGCGUUACCGAGCUGACACCAUGAACCUGCGUAGCAGAAACGUGUCACAGUUGAUCUCGAACACUGUCAGAGCCGUUACCGCUCUGGAGUCCAACACCUGGCCUUCACGUGGAUUGGAGGAAAUCACUCUCCGAAUCAAUAACGUGACGAGCCCGGGGUGUCACAAAGGCAUUGACGCACAGUUGGGGAACUUGUCUUAUCGUAACGUUGCAGGAGUAUACGCUGAGGAGGGCACCAGGAUUUACGGGUCUCAGUGUCCUCCCCAAGAGAUGGCGGUGGAGAAGAACUGGGCGGCUUUGCUGAUUUUAGUUGUCAUCGCUGUCACGGUCAUGGGCAACAUCCUGGUGAUCCUGGCAGUCUCCCUGGAGAAGAAGCUUCAGAACGCUACAAACUAUUUCUUGAUGUCGCUGGCAGUUGCUGACAUGCUCCUGGGCAUCUUGGUCAUGCCGGUUUCCAUGGUGACCAUUCUCUACGAAUUCAUGCAUGACUCGGUGCCGGCGGUCAGGGACAGAUGGAGAGCAGCAGUGAUGGAGGUGUUCGGUGGUGUUGUUGACAGUGAUGUGUUUAUUUGGAGUGCUGCUUCAAUGCAAAAUGAAAGUGGCAAUGCCUGUGCAGCUACAGAGAUGAAUGAAAGGGCCCACAGGACAAUGUAG